AUGAGCACUUCCUACAUUGCUCUAGAGGCAUUCAUCAGUAUUGUUCAUCAACUGAAAAAUAUCACUAAUGUUGACUUUGGCUAUCUCAUUCUUGAUGACUGCUACAAUGCACUCACCUUAACAAGAUUGUUGAAUGGGGUGAUGAGUGGAGAUAUCGCAAUUCAAAGUUCUAGUGGUCAUAAGUUCAAUCCCUCACAAGUUGCUGUUGUAAUUGGAGCUCAGUCAAGUGAUGUCACCAUGGCAGCUCUUCCCAUUCUCACUGAGCUAGGCAUUCCUAUGAUUUCUUACAGUGCCACACAUCAAGUUCUGGACAACAGAAUUAUAUAUCCCUUUUUCUCUCGAACAGUGAGCAGUAAUGUUGUUCAGUCCAAGGCUUUUAUUAGUAUACUGAAAUAUCUUGAGGUGACAUUCGUUGGAGUUAUAGUGGUUGAAAAUAGCUAUGGUCUUGAAUUGUACGAUCUCUUCAGACGUUCAGCAGAAGUUGAGGGGAUUUGUGUGGAUGAUGCUGUUAGAGUCAGUAAUCAGAUUCCCGAUUACAACUUUGCUUCAGUUUUAGAUGGCUACAGAAGUAAAAAGAUACAGGUUAUCAUCGUUAUUGCCAUGGAAAUUACCAUCAAGAGUCUCCUCAAAACAGUCAAGCAGGAAGACACUUUUGUGUUUCUUGCAAGUGAAUCCUGGGGUCCCAAUCCUGACUUUCUCCAUGAUGGUGGAAAGAAAGCAAGAGGUUGUUUAGUGCUAGCAACAGCACCUUUGAAACUUAAUUACAACAUCAAGAAGCACUUAGAAACCCUGGAUCCCUAUAAAAAUACAAGCACAGUCUGGCUGCGUGAGUUUUGGCAAGAUCAGUUUCAGUGUGACAUGCCAGGAGGUUUCAGUAAUACACAUGGGGGCAACAUCUGCAGCAAGUCUCCACACAGUAUAAGCACAGCUUUAGAUGAUCUUGCAGAUUCUCCUUUAGCUGUCCAUGCAGCAAUGGCAACAAUGAGUGCAGGCUUGACUGUCAGUGAUUUUUUGAAGAGCGGCAAACAGAUGCCAUUUAAUGCUGGGGAAUUUACCAAGGCUCUGAGGCAAGUUAAAGUGAUGUCAUCAUCAGGAGAGCUAAGACCAUUCAAUGAUGCUGGAGAUAGCGACAACGGAUUUGAUAUAUUCAAUGUUCAGUCAACUACAGACAGUAAAGACAAGUAUAUCUAUGUUAAAGUUGGAAGUUAUCAAGACAAAGUGGGUCUCAGUCUCAAUAAAUCACUCAUCAAAUUCUAUGAUGAUUCUGGUCAAGUGAUAGACAAAGUGGAGUCCAGCUGUUUGUAUCACCAGCAGUGCAGCAUGGUAAUUUAUGGUUUGUGGUGGUUUCAUAGGAAGUAUCAGACCAGGAUCAGCAACACCCAGCAUCAUAGGUAA